AUGCCGCCAAUGGCGUUCACGGGGCUGGUCACGAAGGUCGGAUUCAUGAGCAAGACGGCCACGGUGACAGUUUCUCGAUGGGUCACUCAUCCCCGGACGGGCAAGCGCUUAGAGAGGAGCAAGAAAUAUCUCACACAUGACGAGGAGAAUCAGUUGCGGCAGGGCGACACUGUCCUCAUUCGGAAUUGCCCACCUAUCUCUGCGCGCAAACGCUUCACGCUUGAAAGGGUGCUCAAGAGCCCAGAAACUGAGCGCGACGAGAUGCAUGCGCGCAUGGCCCAGGCAGCCAGCAGUAUUGCCGCACAGUCAUCUGCCACCAUGCCUGCGGAGCAACUCGCUACCGCGAACUGA